AUGGUCAAGGCAGAGAAACAAAUCGUUUUCGACGUUGUAGGCACCCUUGUGUCCUACGACUACUUCUUCGAGGCCAUUGAAUCUCGACUGGGCGAGAAACUCCGCGCAGAAUGCAUCAAACCCAAACUCCUAGGAUUUGCGUGGAUGGAGGCAGCUGAGCGAGAAUACACUUAUCUGUCAAUUUCGGGGAAAUACACCGUCUUUUUCGACGUCUUCGGGCCACUUUUCUAUCGCAUGCUAUGGAUGGCUGGAGUCCAAGAACCCCGCAAGUUCGCCACAGACGAAGAUAGAGAUUAUAUUCUGGCUGCAUAUCGCCAGCUGAAGCUGCGACCUGGCGCUGUAGAGUGUGUCCAGAAACUCCGAGCAGCUGGUUUCACCGUCUGGGCAUUUACAGCGGGUGAUAUUGCACGCGUCGGCGCCUACUUCAAGUCGGGUGGCAUUGAGAUGCCAGCAGAGAAUCUCUUGUCUUGCGAUACUUUGGGAGUAGGGAAACCGGCAUCGGACGCCUACCGCCCGCUUUUGGAGCAGUUUGGGGUUGAGAAGAGCGGUGGAAUAGGCCAUUCAGUCUGGUUUGGAGCAGCUCAUAUGUGGGAUGUCUCAGCAGCAAAGCGCACAGGGUUUAGAGGCGCAUACUGUUCGAUAUGGGAGAAUGAACCGUGCGUGGAGUUAUUUGGGAAGAUGGAUGUGAUGGCCCCUACACUACCUGAAAUGGCAGACCAAGUCAUCGCUGCUUCACAAUGA